AUGCCUUUCAAAAUCUCAAACCCCUUCAAGUCUUCGAAAUGCCAGACCCAACCGCCAGAAAAAACCUCAAAGUCGAUGAAAGGUGAUUCGGCUUCCGUGCUGAGCGAUGCUGCUACGCUUGUCCCGGACAAGAAUCAACCGUCGGAUGUGUCUCGAGAGUCUGACAGAGGACUUGACUUCAAUUCUGUGCGAUACGCACCGAUGGGAAUGUUGACUCGCACCUGA